AUGGGAAUUACUUUAACAGCAAUGACUGUACUUGGAACUUGCUUGUCAGUCACAGUGCUGGCAGUGUUCAUUCACUACAGGAGCACUCCAGUUGUAAAGGCCAACAAUUCUGAGCUUAGCUUCCUUCUACUGAUUUCACUGACUCUCUGCUUCCUUUGCUCACUGACGUUCAUUGGACAGCCUACUCAUACAACCUGCAUGCUGAGGCAUGUGAUGUUCGGCAUCAGCUUUGUUUUGUGUAUUUCUUGCAUCCUGGUCAAAACUGUCGUCGUAAUAAUGGCAUUCAGAGCAACACUGCCUGGUAAUAAUAUGAUGAAAUGGUUUGGUGUCUUCCAGCAGAGAGGAACUGUUUUUUUUUUUACUUUUGUUCAGUCCUUAAUAUGCAUAAUAUGGUUAGUCACAUCUCCUCCCACUCCAGCUAAAAACACAAAAUAUUUUAAUUCAAAAAUUAUUUUGGAGUGUGAUGUGGGAUCUGUGAUUGGGUUUAGCUCCUUGUUGGGGUACAUUGGAUUUUUGGCAUGCAGUUGUUUCCUCUUAGCUUUCUUUGCAAGAAAUCUGCCAGACACGUUCAAUGAGGCUAAAUUCAUUACUUUCAGCAUGUUGAUCUUCUGUGCUGUCUGGAUCACUUUCAUACCUGCUUACGUCAGCUCUCCAGGAAAACACACAGUAGCUGUGGAGGUUUUUGCCAUUUUGGCAUCGAGCUUUGGUGUCCUGUUUGCAAUAUUUGCACCAAAGUGCUACAUUAUUAUAUUUAAACCUGAAAGAAAUACAAAGAGAGCUCUAAUGGGCAAACAAAAUGCAGAGUAA